AUGUCCAGCAGUCUCCCUGACUAUCCGCCGCAAUCGUCCUACCGUUCUGAACCAGGCGCCGCCCGAUCUUUCACCAGCGGCUAUCUGCCGUCCCAUCGAGACCCAUCCAUGUUCACAAGACAACAUCCUCCCGAAAGCUACCCCGACCGCCCCUCGUCGGCACAUUGGCCACCGCCUCCGCUUGCCGUUUCCGAAUCUUCCUUUGGCCCCCGGCCCCGCUCUCCACAACCAAAGUCCUCGGUGUCUGCGUGGUCGUACCAUCCCAGCCGCGAGCCAUACCACAGCACCAUCGACUCCAGCGAUUACACUGCAUAUAUCGACCGAUCGGCUUACCACGAGGAUGCAUACCCAUCCGCUCGACCAUCCGCUCGACUAUCUGGCACCGACUACCCUGCCGCUCACCGAGAUCACCCCCAACCGGACGACCAGCCAUCCCGACUCAGUGACCGUCAUGGCUCCCAUCAUCGCCCAAGUUCGUUGCUCGAUCGCCCCGACCCGUAUCCCUCGCUCGAUCGCUCGAGCUAUCGCUCCUCAAUCGACCACAUCGACUCCUCGCAGUCGUCGUAUUUAGCGCCCGUCUAUGGGCGUCUGCGUUCGCGAGAUUCGUCUGCUGCCACACAAGUCGAGAGGCCAACACCCAUUGUCGAGUUCGACCCUGCUGCUCGCCAUUCGGGACUCAGGGGCUACUCCACGACCGUUCCAGACUCGGACCCUCAGCACUCGCAUCGGUUGGAUACGUCGUAUCCGCCAUCCAUGUCCUACGGCAGCACUUCCAGCCUCUCGGCUCGUCCUCAGCUCGCAUCGCAUGCCCAAUCUCACUCCAGCUCAGGUCGCUAUGUCCAUCCCGGCUCCGGCUCCUCAGGCACUGCAUGGCCUGCGGUUGUGGCAUCCCACCGGCGAGACCCCGCCUCAACAUCAGACACCGUCUCUCGGCGCCAUUCUCCAAGAGUCUCUGCUGGAUGGGAAGUCGAUUCCACACCAGCUAUGUUGAUCGCUCGCCCGCCCUCUUCCGACAAUCCUCUGCAAGGAUCCGGCCACUUCUAUUCGCAUUCAUCAGAAAGUGCUGCCGCAAGCCGGGAGAAUGCCAACGUGGCUGUUCGCGAUGGCCCUUACGGACACGACGUGGCCGGAGGCUAUCCGAUUACCCUUCGAAGGGCACCGGAUGAGCCCAUCGAUUCGUUGCAGCCUCUUCGCUCCUCAACCCACGAUUGGUCUUUCAAAAGCCGAACGCCCGCAAGUGCCCUGGUCGAAUCUGGGCGAUCGGCCAUCACAAAAUAUGGUUGUGAAGAAUACCUCCCUCCGGUCCGGGAAAUAGGCGCCAGUAUGUCUGUACCGCGGAGCAGCAGGGACUCUCCGCCAUACGGCCUCUCCAAGAAUACCCCUUCGCAUCCGGCCAUCACCGUCUCCCCGCCGUCUUCGUCGCCGCCAUUGGCUCCGAUAUCCACUUUCUUCGAAUCCACUCCAAAGUUCCCAAGGCAGCUCGCUCCAGAGGCCGACGACCCGACACGACUUUCCGAGGUGUAUCGUGAUCCGCACCACAUAUACUCGUCUUCAGCAUCCGAUUACCGGCGAAUGGGUGCUACUAGUUACCCUACCACCGACCCAGACCGUCCAGAACACUCAACCAGAGUCACCAUUGUCGCCUCCAAGCGCCAAACCGAAGAUAGUCUGAGAUACCCUUCCGGGAUCUACAAGCGGCCGCGCCACAAUGGCUCCAGCAGACCGAGGGAUGCAGUCCACGGCGCCCACGACGACGAACGUGCCUCGCAUGAGCUUGAUCUUGAGGCUGCACACAGACUCUACACUGGGACAAAAUAUCACCUCGCUCGGACCCACACAAGCCAACGGCGGUCGAUAUCUGAGUCUCCUGUCUACUCUCAUGCACGAGUGGACAGCCUGCGAGGCCUAGGAUGGGGCCGGAUCCGGACUCAAUCACAGCCCAAUUCGCUGGGCCACAAUCAGAACGGGACAUUGGACUUGCGCCAUGGCCGCGUGCGCAAAUACGAGCAGCUGUAUGACGACAUGCGACUCGACCAAGAUCUGGCCCAAAGUCCCCAUCGAGGGGUCUCGACUUUCAAACGUCCCUCCUCGCGCUCUUCGCUAAGCGACCCAGGCUUGGAGCCCGUUGAACGUGACUGGAUCGACAGCGAAGUCGCCGCGGUUUUGGUCGAGAGCUCAGACCCAUACCAAAGCAUCUCAUCGGAGGACCGGAACAAGGAGAUUUUGCUCAACAUCUGCACCAACGGAGAAAUCCGCAAGUUUUUUGGACUCUUGCGCAAGCCUCGCGGGAGCGACAGCGAGGACUUGGCACUGAUUGAGAAAUUCGACCUGAGUCGUGUUCUGGACGACAACGGGAACGCCGCAAUUCAUUGGUUGGCUUACUUUGGGCGGAUCCGGCAUCUCGCCCUCAUGAAGCAGGCCAGAGCCGAUCUGCGGAUUGCCAACAAACUGGGCGAAACCGUCCUUAUCCGUGCCAUCCAGUCAAGCCACUUUUACGAACAAGAUUGCUUCAGCAAGUUCCUCGACUUGGUCCCCUUCGAUCUGGUUUUUGUGGCCGACAACAGCAACCAGACCGUGUUCCACCACCUGGUUCUGCAAGAAUCGCGCAGCAAGAGCAACAAGGAUGCCAUCGAGUACUAUCUUCAGUCGUUGGUGCUAUACAUGAAGAAGAUGCUGUGGAAGCAUCAUUUCAGCUCACUGUCCAGGGGCAGCGACUCGCUAUCGCUGCUCAACCAAGACGCUCGACUUGAUGAUGUGGAGUGCUGGCGACAAUUGGCACAGCACGAUGCCCGGUUCAUGGCCCUCAUCAACAUGCAAGAUCUGUAUGGCGAUACGGCCCUGCAGUCGGCGCUCCAGCUCAAGUGCUCCGAAUGGAUGCUGGGUACCUUGCAGAAUCUCGGAAUGAAGGCGCAAGAGGCAGACAAUUCUGAUCAGAGCCUGAGAAGACAGAUGCUCAAAUCCGAGUCUCUACCGCAACCAAAUGCUACACCUCAAGCAGUCGAUGACACCACACACCAGUCGACGCAGCCUGGGAUUGCAUUGACCGACUCGUCCCAGAAACACCCAGCAACACCGCCUCCAACCCCACAUGUCUCGAAAGUGGUCUCAGCCGACGAAUCCGCGCAGCCAUCUUGUGUCCGGUCCAUGCUCCACCAAGGCACGGCCCAGUCGUUAAGUGUAGAGAGUGCUCUGGCCCAGCUGUCAGACAUGAAGCAGGAAUACGAUGAUACCUUUGAGGCCGCAAGAGAGGAUCUUGAGCACGAGAAGGAGCGCAAGAUGUACUUUGAUGAAUUGAUUUUGAAGCUUUCGUUCAUGGAAAGCGAGCUGAAAGAGCGGCUCCAAAUCAAGUCCAGGGUAGCAGCAACCUGUGCUUCGCAAAACGGCCUGGGAACACUGCACGGGUCCGAAAUGAGAGAAAUCGGACAGGUUGACCUAAUCCAAGAAUCUAGUCAACGCAACUAA